AUGGUUUGCCGAUGCUGUUGGCCUCUCUGCUUGUUGCCGACCGCACUGGCUCUGGUGCCUCAAGUGCAGUUCGUCCUGCCAAGUCUUGACGCGUAUGAGGGCAGCGACUUUGAGUGUGGAGCCAGGCGUUGCAACCUCUUCUCCCUUGGCAUCAUUCGCUUUCCAACGGACGAGCUUUUCGUCGCGAAUGUGCGAAUCCUGGAAGACAGCAAUGCCACUCGAGGCGUCGAUUUCGAGUUCUACCCGGAUGCGGUGACGUGGCAGGCCGGAGACGUCAACUCCCAGGCUAUCCUACUCUUCAUCUUCGACGAUGACUUAGCGGAAAAGAUGAAGUUCCUUCACCUGGGCUUUGACGUUUUAGUUCCGGCGACUGCGAACAAUGAGUCCAAGAUGGAGAUCUUCAUCCGGGACGACAACGAUGGAGGGAACCUGGUCAUCACCCCGAACUUUGCUCGGGUUACUGAGCGCUACGGCACUGGGGAGUGCGUCUUCUACGGGGAUCGGCAAGGAGGCACGAGUGGUGCGGCAGGAGCUUUCGUGACUAAGGCGAACUGUGCGGGAGGACUGCCCGAGGCAGACUCCCUCGAUCUGCUUUUCCUCCCAGCGGAGCAAGCGCAGGUGUGGGCUGACGGAGAGAGUGGUCCGAGAUGUCUUCUCAUGUCCAUCCACAAGGACGACUACAUCAAGAGCUUCACCUCCGAGGAACCCAUGAACAGCAGCGUGGCCAAAUUGGUCAUAAUCCCUGAUGCUGAAAGGGAGCCAGACGAGCAUAUUUGCCUCAAUGUCUCACAGAUUGCGGGGAGCACGACGACUUUACGCAAGGACCAGCUGCAAGUAGCCUUCGUUGUCACAGAUGUGGACCUGGAUGCAACACUCGAUUUGGACUGCACUCGCGGCUUCGGGUGCCUGGUGGACCUCUCUGAAACUUGGUUCUGGGAGUUUGAUACCGGCACCCUCCAGGAUGCGUCCAGCUCGAACUCUGAAUGUUUGCCUUGCCAAGAUGUCGAGAACUCGAGUGACUCCAUCAACUUUACGGUGGCUCAAGAUUUUGCUACGGGUCAAACCUUCGUAGACUUUGGCGACUUUUUUCAUGACCAGAAGCCUGGCGACAAGUUGCUCUGCUGGUGCACCUACACCUCCAGUGUGCACCUGGCGACACUCAAGCUCCAAGGGCCUUCCCUGAACAAUGCUGCGCAGUGCGUGAGAAGUUGGCCCACCUGCGAGAUUCCAUUUCUGGACGGGGUCGGCUUUCAGGAGGGCAACGACAGCAUCAUGGUGCUGGUCUCCUGCGGGUCCGUUGAGAAUACUCCCAUCGCGAUUCUGGAAGGUUCAGUUGCUGCUUAUGGUGCCGACCGAUACUUCCGGAUGGCGGAGUUUGAAACUAUGCGCCCGGCCUUUCCGGGAAUCUACGAAAUCUGCUGGUGUCGCAAAACUGCAGCGACAAACUGCUCCCGGCCUCAUGACUUCGCCGUCUCCGCAGGAGCCUUUGUCUACAUGGGGCCGAACCCCCGCUACUGGCUGACUGAAUAUCAGCUUGAUGCAGACGAGCCUUUCAACGUCUCUGAAGUUUAUGGUAUCCAGCUCCACGAGACAGACGAAGCCAGAGUGUUGCCACGGUGUGGGGAGCCUGACCCGGAAGGACCCGAAGUCACUGCUGUCUUCGACAUCCUGACACGCUCCUUCAACUUUGGCCGAGUCACAGCAGGUCAGGGCAUUCUCGCCAAGAAAUACAAGGCCCGUGGAGUUUUCCAUCGGAAAUUUUCAGAAAUUUUACGAUUUGGUAGUAAUGGUAGCAGUAGCAGUAGCAGUAGCAGUAGCAGUAGCAGUAGUAGUAGUAGUAGUAGUAGUAGCAGUAGCAGUAGCAGUAGUAGUAGUAGCACCCCAGUGACAGGAUGGAACCAGACCCGACAGUUCGGACCGGUGUAUUUGCUCCGCGAGCGACAUUCAGCUCAGCUCACCAAGUCCAAAGAGCUUGAGUCCGACGGUCACUACUUUGAGACCCGCGGUCAGGUUCGGGUAGCAUUCACCCGAUGCUGGAGCUGGCGAAAAGGCUUCAAGGGCGACCCCAGGGCAGCUCAAAGAAAUGAAAACUCUCUCAUGCAGAGCGUGCCCCAAAUCGUCUCGGAGGUCAUUGAAGCCGGUGGCGCUGCCUCUGCAGCACCCCAUUCAGCACAGGCGGGAGCAAUGCUCACCAAUGCAGGCGUCAGAGUUGUCGGCGAGACCGUGCUCAGCAGCCUCGAACGGGGUGAUUUUGACGCGAUCAUGGCGGCGGUCGAGAAGGAGCCGCAGUACCACGGCAUUUCGGCCGAGGCUGUCCUUCGCAACAUCCCCCGAGGCCUCUGCCUUCACCCUGAAGAUCCAGACUGGCUUUCCUGCCGCUACUGCGAGCGCGGCGGUCGGCGCUUGAAGUUCCCAAAUGAGUUGGGAGUCACACACCACUUCAUGCAAUCCCGGCACGACCGAUCAGUGCCCGAGCCACCAAGCCCUCCGCCUCGCAACAGCAUGUGGUCGCAGCGCCCGGCAGAGCCUGCAAACCCUCCCUCAGCUGCAGCCAUCGCAGCGUCAGGCCAGGCUCCACCACCACCAGAACCCACGGCGGACCGUCCGCCCCAGUGGAGACCCACAGCGUCGGUGUCCAAGGCACGCUUUGGGCUCGGCCUCCCUCCCAUUCCGCCAGGUCCUACCUACCCCACAUGCGCAGGGCCACCGGCCUCUUGCAGUGAAACAAGAACAGGGGGUCAAUGA